UGGCUCAGCUCCUGCUCCAGGACUUCCAUGGGUACCCAUAGACUGGAUCUGACAGCUCCGUGAGCAAACGUUUCAUUAACUUCAAGUGUGGAAUUUAGUGCCCUGCAGACUAUAGCAUGACUAUAUGAAGGAAGAGGAAAGUUUUUCUGAAGAUGAGGCGACUGAAUCGGAAAAAAACCUUAAGUUUGGUGAAAGAGUUAGAUGCCUUUCCCAAGGUUCCUGACAGCUAUGUGGAGACAUCAGCCAGUGGGGGAACAGUUUCUCUAAUAGCAUUUACCACUAUGGCUUUAUUAACAAUAAUGGAAUUCUCAGUGUAUCAAGAUACGUGGAUGAAGUACGAAUAUGAAGUAGACAAAGAUUUUUCUAGCAAGUUGAGAAUCAACAUAGACGUUACUGUUGCCAUGAAGUGUCAGUAUGUUGGAGCAGAUGUACUGGAUUUAGCAGAGACCAUGGUUGCAUCUGCAGAUGGUCUAUCUUAUGAACCAGCAGUAUUUGACCUUUCACCCCAGCAGAGAGAAUGGCAGAGGAUGCUGCAGCUGAUUCAGAGUAGGCUGCAAGAAGAGCAUUCCCUUCAAGACGUGAUAUUCAAAAGUGCUUUUAAAAGUGCAUCAACAGCACUGCCACCAAGGGAAGAUGAUGUAUCACUGACUCCAGAUGCGUGCAGAAUCCACGGCCAUCUAUAUGUCAAUAAAGUAGCAGGGAAUUUUCACAUAACUGUGGGCAAGGCAAUCCCACAUCCUCGAGGGCAUGCACAUUUGGCAGCACUUGUCAACCAUGAUUCUUACAACUUUUCUCACAGAAUAGAUCAUUUGUCUUUUGGAGAGCUUGUUCCGGGAAUUAUUAAUCCUUUGGAUGGAACUGAAAAGAUUGCUGUAGAUCACAACCAGAUGUUCCAAUAUUUCAUUACAGUUGUGCCAACAAAGCUACACACAUACAAGAUUUCAGCUGACACCCAUCAGUUUUCUGUGACAGAAAGGGAACGCAUCAUUAACCAUGCUGCAGGCAGCCACGGAGUCUCCGGAAUAUUUAUGAAAUAUGAUCUCAGUUCUCUCAUGGUGACAGUCACUGAGGAACACAUGCCUUUCUGGCAGUUUUUUGUAAGACUCUGUGGUAUUAUUGGAGGAAUCUUUUCAACAACAGGCAUGUUACAUGGAAUUGGAAAAUUUAUAGUGGAAAUAAUUUGCUGUCGUUUCAGACUUGGAUCCUACAAGCCCGUCCAUUCUGUCCCCUUUGAAGAUGGCCACACAGACAACCACUUACCUCUUUUAGAAAAUAAUACGCAUUAGCACCUCCUGGGUGGAAAAAAAACUUUUUGCCUGAAACGUAAAACCUUUUCUAAUAAUAAAAUGUUGUGCAAUAUAUUCAAAGAAAAGAAAAUAUGAGAACCGGGAAACAUGCUUAUUUAAAAAAAGGAAAAAACCAGCCAAGGAAAAAAACAAACUGAAGUCGUCCUGUAUAUGUUGUGUCUGUUACAAAUGUCCUAGAAGAAAUUAUGCAGCUAACUGGAGGCCCAGCCAGAGUGCCAGGAGAAGACGGCACCUCUGAUGCUCUCCCAGCAAACGGACAGCAUGGAGAGCAGAGCCUAGAGGACGGAAGUGAGACCGUAUUUAAAGAAAAGGGCAUUGAUAAAUGCAAACGUGUGCGUCCUUUUGUUUUUAAAAGAUGUCAGAAUAAAAUGUGUAAAACAUAUGGAAAACUAGUCUAGACUUUAAAAAACUGUAAUCAGCUCAUGUGGUUAAUAAAGGAAACAGGGGCUGGCCCUGUGUUACAGCCAUA